AUCACCGCCCAGCCAGCCACAAGCCCAACAUGUCGCAUCAUCCCGAGGUGCCCGACGACCACUACCGUCCCACGUACGAGGACAUUCACCAGCACAUUGCGAGCACGGCUCGGCAGAUCCGCGCCACCUUUCGGCCCGAUCUCAUCGUUGCCAUCGGGGGCGGCGGCUUCUUCCCUGCGCGUGUUCUGCGGACAUUCCUCAAGCGCAACGUUGGUGGUGACAAGCUCGUCAACGUGCCUAUCCAGGCCAUUGGCCUGAGCCUGUACGAGGACCUGGCAAGCGACGAGACCAACACCUCUGGACCCACGGCAAAGGGCAAGAUCGGCCUCGAAGUCGUCCGGACCCAGUGGCUCGAUGCGCCAAAGAGGGAGGGCGACGACGCCCUGACGGGCGGGCUGCUUGGCAAGAACAUUCUCAUUGUCGAUGAGGUCGAUGACUCGAGGACCACGCUGCAAUAUGCAUACAAUGAGCUUGUGUCCGACGUGCGCAAGUCGCUCGAGGCGCUGUCGCCCGAGCAGCGAGCCAAGGUCGGCCCCACGCGCUUCGCAAUCUUUGUCGUCCACAACAAGCUCCGGAACAAGAAGGGAACAUUGCCCAUCGUCUGGAGCAACCACGCGACGGUGGCACCCCAGCCCAACGAGACACAGGCGCCCGCGAAGCUGGGCCCCGGCGAGGAGCUCGUCGAGAAGAGAAACGACGGCAACGGCAAGGUUGUCGAGGGGCUCUGGUACUUUGCUGCCGAGACAACGGGCGACAUUUGGGUCGAGUACCCCUGGGAGCAAGAAGACAUCGAGGAGCACAAUCGCAUCGCUGCCGUGGCAAAGAAGCUGGGCGUCAAUACGGGUGCUGUGGAAUCCUCUUCAUAGUUUUCAAUAGACUAUUGUGCUCCACAUGCAGACCUCGAGAAAGCCCUUCUGCCAUCAGCCUUCUUCGUCUGGUUUCCUCCCGUUGAAUCUGGCUCGGUGCUGUCGUCAUGUCGUCGCCCUUUGCCUCAGUCCCACUUUGAACUCUUCCUUGGCCAACCAUUGCAACCUGAAGCCUGGGCUUGUGUGGUUCGCCAAGGACAAGGCGCACUCGCUACUCCAG